AUGUCAGAAACAGUGGCUGAAACGAGGCCGGAGCAGCCCCCAGUGACAGCUGACGAGAGCGCAAGCUCAACCCCAGCGCCAGCGCCAGCGCCAGAAGUCGCGCAAACGCCAGUACAAACCCCUGAGAGCAGUACCAAACCUGAGGAACCUACUGUGACGCCCGCAAACGCGUCGAGAGGAGGUAGAGAAACUUCGGACCGGAUCCUGUACGUGGGCAACCUGGACCUCGCAGUCACGGAGGAGAUGCUGAAGCAGUACUUCCAGGUCGGUGGCUCCAUUGCCAACGUCAAGAUCCUCAUGGACAAGAACAACAAGCAGGCGAAUUACGCGUUCGUCGAGUUCCACCAGCCCCACGACGCUAACGUGGCGUUCCAAACGCUUGACGGCAAGCAAAUUGAGAACCACGUGAUCAAGAUUAACUGGGCCUUCCAGUCGCAGCAGGUAUCGUCCGAGGACACGUUCAACCUGUUUGUGGGUGACCUUAACGUUGACGUCGACGACGAGACUCUCGCCAGAACUUUCAAGGACAUCCCCACCUUCAUCCAGGCCCAUGUCAUGUGGGAUAUGCAGACCGGCCGGUCUAGAGGGUACGGGUUUGUAUCGUUUGGCGAGCAGACCCAGGCGCAGAAGGCUAUGGAAGACAACCAGGGUGCCGUGGUCAACGGCAGAGCAAUCAGAAUCAACUGGGCUUCCAAGCGCGAGCACAACAGUCACAACAACAACCCAAUGAAUAACCGCGGCGGAGCGCGUCGCGGCGGCUUCCGCAACCACGGCAAUAACCAGCUUAGACACCAGAUGCCUCCAAUGGGCAUGCCAGGUCGCGGUGCUAUGCUGCCCAACAUGGGGAUGCCAUCUCAGCCUCCUAUGCCCCAAGGUGCUCAGCCUCAGGGUCCUAUCAUGCCACCCCAGGUGCCUCCACAAGCCGUGGAAGCUAUGAUGAGAAGUGCCCCACCCAGAGUAACUACCGUGUACAUCGGCAACAUCCCUCACUUUGCCACAGAGCAGGACUUAAUCCCUCUGCUCCAGAACUUUGGGUUCAUUGUUGACUUCAAACACUACCCUGACAGAGGUUGCUGCUUCAUCAAGUAUGGUACGCACGAGCAGGCUGCGGUAUGUAUUUUGACUUUGGGGAACUUUCCGUUCCAGGGCAGAAACCUAAGAACUGGGUGGGGUAAAGAGAAACCAUCUUACAUCCCUCAGCCUAAGCCUGGCCAAGGUGCUUCGAAGAUGGAACAGUUGCCAACUCAGCCCAUCGAGCAGGAUCCUCAAUCGAACACACCUGCUGAGCAGCCUCAGGAGGAGGAGCAAUAA